ACGGGCACCUUUCUCUCUUCUCCUACCUUUUUCUUUUGGAAGUAACCAGCUUUUGCUACGUUUUAGGAGUAAAAACUGGAAGAACAAAACACUGAACGCAAUAAAAAGAAGAACUCACUCGUUAUGAAAUUCGACUUCUUGACCUCAACCCUCGUUUUAGCCAACAUUGCAAAUGCUGCAAUUUUGCCACAGGCAGCUUUAAGCUUAGAAAAUGAAAUAGAGACCAUGGAGACCUACCUAGGUUUGCUUGGACCAUCUGAGAUUUCUGAGUUGCCAUUGGUCAACUCCACCGAAUUGCAGGCUUUGAUCACUCACGAGGCCCUCUUUGCUCGUGCUGAAAAGCUCUACGAGAUUGCUGGUCACUCCAACAAGAGCUACGGCCACCCAACUCGUGUUAUUGGCUCGAAGGGCCAUUGGGCAACCAUUGGCUAUAUUGAACAUGAAUUGAAGAAGUUGCACGGUUACUACAAUGUUACCACUCAACCUUUCAAGGCUUUCAUGUCGGAAAUUUUUAGCUUCAACGCCACUAUUGAUGAUGAAGUUCCUAAAAGUUUGGUUGAAAUGGACAUGUCCCCUCCAACCCCAAAAAAGGCUCCUGUAUAUGGGGAAUUAUUUUUGGUAUCUAAUUCUGGUUGUACCGAUGACGAUUAUGCUAAUGUUACCGGCAAGAUUGCUUUUGUCAAAAGAGGUGAAUGUGCUUUUGGAGACAAGGCACAAUUAGCUGCCAAGUAUGGUGCAUUGGCUGCAAUAAUCUAUAACAAUGAGCCAGGCGAAAUUAGAGGUACUUUGGGUGUCCCACCGGAAGGUGUAAAAGUUGCAUCUGCUGUUGGUAUCAACAAAGAGGAAGGUGAUAAGUAUGCAAAGCUUUUGAGUGAAGGUCAAACUUUAAAAGCUUCUGUCCAAGUUGACUCUUACGUUGGCCCAAUCACUACUGUCAACGUCAUUGCAGAAACAAACCACGGUGAUCCAGACAACGUUGUAAUGUUGGGUGCACAUUCUGAUAGUGUUGCUGCGGGUCCAGGUAUCAACGAUGAUGGUUCUGGUACUAUCUCACUUUUAGAAGUUGCCAAGCAAUUGACCAACUACCGUGUUGAGAACAAGGUUAGAUUUGCAUUCUGGGCUGCUGAAGAAGAAGGACUUUUAGGUUCAAACUACUAUGCUGACAACCUGACCCCUGGUGAGAACGAGAAGAUUAGAUUAUUCAUGGACUAUGACAUGAUGGCAUCACCAAACUAUGAGUACGAAGUUUAUGACGCAAAUAAUGUUGACAACCCAAAAGGUAGUGAAGAGUUAAAGAACCUUUACAUUGACUACUAUACUUCUCUUGGUUUGAACUACACCUUGAUUCCAUUCGAUGGUCGUAGUGAUUACGUUGGUUUCAUUGAACACGGUAUUCCUGGUGGUGGUAUUGCGGCUGGUGCUGAAAAGGACAAUGCGGAAAAUGGUGAGGUUUUAGACAGAUGCUAUCACCAAUUGUGUGACGACAUAUCCAACAUUGCUUGGGAUGCAUUUUUGAUUAACACUCAAUUAAUUGCACACAGUGUUGCAACUUACGGUGCUAGCUUAAAAGACUUCCCAGUCAGAGUCAACACUACCGAUGUCAAUGCACUUUCGUUUGCAUACAGAGGUGACAAGUUGAUUUUCUAGACAAUAUGAUAUCCAGUUUUUUUUCGUGAACCGAGUUUAUUGUCAAAGUUAUUUCACACGUGCCAAUUACACUAAAAAUUUGUGUGACACAAACACACAAAUAUACACUAGCACACCCACACACAAACACGUAAACAAAACACAGAAUAAAAGAUGCAUAGCUCAAUAUGCAAGAUAUAAAAAAUAUACAAUAGACACUUAGAAAGCAUCCGGUAUAGAUUUUAGUAUAAGUUGUUGAAUAAAAUGUAUCUAGUAUUAAUUAUGUCUAAAUAUUGUAUUUAUAUGCGAGUAUACAUUUGAUUGAAAAGUAUUA